ACCAUAUGCUUACUUUUAGCGGAUACAACGUGGAGAAGAGGGGGUUUCUAUUUGAAAGAGUCCCCAGGUGAGAGUUGCCGUGGUGGUGGGAUGAAGGUGGAGGUCUGAGAUGACCUCCGAGAUCCUCUCCGCCAUAAACAUCCUGACCAAACCUCUGAGCGAGGCGUCUGCACAGACUUCACAGCAGGAGGCCCUAAAUGUGGCUCUUGGGGCCAACAGGGCCCUUCUUCUGGAGCGCCUUCAGAGCGACGGCGGCCUGCAGCGGGUGGGGCGGCUCAGGGAGGAGGUGAAGGCAGCAGCCGACUGGUUCAGCAGCGACACAGAAGACGUCACCUGGAUUUUUGUUCAGGAGUGUCUCCUCCUCCUCCUCACCUUAACCCAGCAUCUGACAGAUGAGCUGAAGCGCUUCAAGGGGGCUCCGCCACCUCCUGCAGGAAAAGUCCGUACACCUGAAAUGGCCCCGCCGCUCCCCCCCGACGUCCUUAGCGUCUCCCAGCAGAAGACUGUCACCUCCGCCCUGCAGUUUGUGGUCUCUCUGGGGCUCUGUCCGUACCUGUCCACAGGGGUCGGCGUCCCACUUGGCUGCAGGUCGGCGUUCGGUGCUGUGGUGGAAGAACUGAUCCAGAAGGAGGCUCCGCCUCCCGUGGGACAUCGUUUGCUGACCACAACCAGAGUCCUGCUGCAGGUGGCGGAGCUCGCAACUCUGGCCACGCUGGUGUUCAGCAGACAUCUGGGGGACGUCAUGGCAGCGCUGUGCCAGCUGGGCUAUGAGCCGCAGCGAAAGGACGACCAGCCACUUGGCACAGAUGUGCGUCAACGGUGUAAAGAGGCCCUCAGGAGCCUCCUUGGAAAAGUCUACCAGCCAAUGGUUGUCAAGGAGCUGCUGAUCCUUCAAGGUGGACCUAAACAGUCGGAUCCAGCUGAGGGCUCCAUCGGACCUGGCAGCAGUAGAGCCUCUCGGGGUUCUGCUCCGGCUUGGCUGAGGCGUCUCUGCGGUCAGCUGCUGUCAGAGCGUCUGAUGCAGCCUAAUGGUGUUCAGGCAGUCGUCAGAGCCAUCCUGGAAGGCGGAACGGGGGGCGACUCGGACUGGAGAAGAAGUGAUGCAGUUGCUCGGAUCCUGGUGGCCUGCCCCCAGCAGUCGGCUUCAGCAGAUGGCUACUUCAGCCUGGUCUGUCCUCAGAUUCUUGACCUCCUGCACUUCCGAGACAAGCUGACGGCCCAGCAGUUCCAGCGAGUUGCCACCAGAGCGGCGCUCUUGAUGGUGCAGGAAAGGCCCGGCUUUGCUCAGCAGUACCUUCUCACCCCGCUGCUGGCUCCUCUGCAGAGGUGCAUCACUGCCUCUGUUGAAGAGCACCCACAGGUCGCUGUGGAGGAGUAUGAGCUCACCUGCUGUUUGGAGGACGUAUACAAGGUGACCAACGUGUUGAGGUUCCUGAACCAAUCGGAGAAAUCUGCUGCUCUGUCGUCUAUGAGGCAGCUUUCCGGCCUCCGAGAGUGUAAGAAUGAUGUGGCGGUGGGGUUCCAGUUCAGGGCAGGCGCUGAUGGAGGCGUAAGGCUCAACUGCAAACAGACCUGCAGUGAUGAGGAUGAAGAGCUGUACGAGAAGCUGUCCAGUGAGCAGUGGAGGCUGGAGUGUCUGAUGCACCUGCUGGCUCAGCUCAAGGACUCAGACCUGCCUGGGGAUUUCUUCCUGGAACUGCUGCAGGAGCUGACCAGUUGGGCUGCGACAGCCGAUGAAGAGGUGAAGCAUGAGGAUGAGGUGGAAGUGGCAGCCAUGACGCUGUUGAAGAUGGAGCAGCAGCUGCUGGGUGAAGCAGAGAGACAAGCUGAGAAGCUGGCGCUUCUUCAGGUGCUGGCUGUGAUGGUGGACUGUCUGCACCAUGAUCAGCUGCUGAGGAAGACCUCACAGGUUGUGGAUUUCAUGGCGUCCUUGCUCCAGAGAGCCUGUGUUGGCCUGAAAGGGCCCUCGGGAGCAGGUGUUAGGAACCCAGUGGAGAGUCAGACUCUGAGCAUGGGAAUGGGCCUGUUGGCAACACUGCUGUCUGCACCUCAGGUCAGCCCAGAGGACUACUCCUGCAUGCAGCGCCUGCUCACACCUCUGGAGGCGCUGUCUCAGCAGCAUCCUGAUGUCGUCAUUCAGGAGCUGGCGUCCAACCUCAGAGUUGUCAUUGCCACUCAUGGCGCCUACAGGCCUGAAAACCUUGCCGAUGUUGCUGGUCCGGACAGAAAUGACAGCAGGUCCCAACAGGCCCCACAGCAUCACUGUCCUACAGAUGGGGGAGGGGCAUCCAGCUCAAGCCAGGCAGAUCUUAACGACAAACCUCUGUCUGACUGGAUGCUAGAGGCGUGUGACCCUGAUGUGCCCACCCGAGCCGUUGCCCUGAGAGUCAUGACUCAGAUGGUGCGACGCAGAGACCCAGAGGCCAUCCAGGCUCAGGAGAAGAUCUUCACGCUCUUCCUGGAAAACCUGGAGCAUGAAGACUCAUUUGUCUACCUGUCAGCCAUUCAAGGUCUGGCUGUUGUCGUGGAUUCCUACCCCGGUCGGAUCCUUGAGAGGCUCCUGAAAGAUUUUCAGCAUGGCCCGUCGCUCCCGUCCUCAAACAAGGAGCGCUCUCUGGAGACUCGGCUGAAGGUGGGGGAGGUCCUGAUGCGGGCGAGUAGAGCCAUGGGGGAACUGACGCCACACCUGGGACGUCCUCUGGUGAGCGUCUUCCUGCAGGGAACCCGGGAUCCGGACCAGAGUGUCCGAGCCAGCAGCCUGUCCAAUCUGGGGGAGCUCUGCCAGAGACUGGACUACUCACUGGGGCCGCUGGCACAAGAGCUUAGCUCCUGUCUGACCGCUCUGAUAAAAACAGACAAGGAGGCCGAGGUGAGGAGAGCCGCUGUCCACGUUGUUGCUCAGCUGCUCCGAGGCCUCAGUGAUAAAACCACCCAGGUUCUCAGCGAUGUUCUCCUGGACCUGUACCGGGCCCUGAAGUGGGUGGCUCAUUCAGACCCAGAUGAGGUGGCUGUGCUCCAGGCCCAGCUGGCUCUGGAGGAGCUGGACGAGGUGAUGAGGAGGUUCAUCUUCCCAGAGCAGAAGCUGGAGAAAAAGAUUGUCGUCCUGCCAUAAAGGUUUGAGGAGUACAACCAGCGGAUGGAAGCACAAAUAUUUAGCAUCAAGAAAGAAGCGACGGCACAAGAGGCUGGUCUCCUUCAGCACGCAGCUCUGGGUCAAUUGGUACCAAUAAAUGAUAAUAAUAUUGGAGCUAUAAAAACAAACCACUUUGAGCUGAUUAAACCAUGAUGUAAAGACUUUGAACCAACGUGGUUUAGCAUUUUGAACAGUUGUUGAGAUAAAUGCUCUUUUAGGUAAUAAAAUUUGAUUGGCUGUUUUUCAUGUGUGAAUAAAACUUUGCUAUGCUCUAUAUUCCCGUUUAUUUUCAUUUUUGAUUCAUUUUUAAACAA